GCUACAACAACAUUUUUUCCUCGCAGUCAGUGUUUGUUUUUUACUAAUCUAUUGAGAUUCGAAUGAUUGCAAGUAAUGCAGAACUAGGCCUAGGCCUUUAUGCUAUGGCAUUUGUAUUAAUGCAUACAUGAUAUGUCUCCAAGCCUAGAUUAGAGGAUUACACAAUGGCAAAUAGGAAACAGACAAAGAACCUGGCAACCUCACCCAAAGGAAAGUACUUUGACCUCCAGCUAAAGUUCUUCACUGGUGAAAUUUAUCCUUUAACAGACAUAUUCAAUGAUAUGAAGAUUAAGGACUUAAAAGCAGUGAUGGAGUUUGUCUCUGGUGUACCAAGCUAUCUUCAAAGACCAUCUUACUUAGAUGAUGCGGACCUGAUGGAUGAUAGCAAUGUGAGACACCAUGACAUCGUAGCAGGUGGUACUAUUUACUUAGAUGUUUGGAACACCUGGAAAGUAUUGAUCAAAGCAGCUGCUGAGGGAAAUAUAGACCAGGUGAUGAAAUUAGGCGUUACUUCGGAAAUAGAGUUCAAAACACCAAGUUCGAUUCGUAUGAAUGAGAAGGCAAAGCAAGUUUGGAUAGCUGAACGAGCGUUUGUCGCUUUGUGUAUAGCAGCCCAUAGAGGCCAUGUCAGCCUGGUGCAGAAACUCAUUGAUGGUGGUGCUGAUGUCCAUGCUAAGACUCCUCUUGGAAGGACAGCUCUGCACAUUGCUGCUGCACAAGGAAAGAACAAUGCAGUGGAGGUAUUACUCAGCAAUGGUGCUAAGAUUGAUUCACCAGACAACGAGGGUAAAAACCCUCUUGUUUUAGCUGGACUUUGGGGACACAAGUCUUGCGAAAGACAAAUAUUCUUGUUUCAGUGGCAGCAGAGAGCUGCCUUACAGAAAUCGCAUCAUUCUGAAGCUGGCAGGAUGGCUCACCAGAUGUAUGAUUCCACAUUGCAAACAUGGAUGAAAGGAGAUCAUAAAAAACUUUACAUGGCACAGAUUCUUCCACCAGGAGAAUACUCUGGGACAGCUUUAAGUGCUCCACGACGUGAGCGACAAAAUUCACCUUCAAAGGAAAUGGCAACUGAAGACAAUGCAGAAGAUGAGUGGGAUGAACUGGAAUGGAUAGAUGAGGAUGGUAUCAAGACAAACGCUGAUCAAAGAGAACUGACUUUUAAAGUUCCACAGAAAGGCAAAGCUGGUCAAGCAGAUGGGGUUUCAGGCAACAGCAGCAAGCCAGCAAAAAUGGCAGGUGUAAGAUCGAAAAAACUAGCAGCAUCAAGUAAAUCAGGUUCCUUUGAUGCCUGGCUUGCCUCAAAACAGAAAAAGGAACAGCAAGAAAAAGAAAGAAAGAGACGGAUUCGUGAAGCUCAAAAAGAAAAGGAGGAAGACGAGUAUAGAGCAACAGUCGAGAAGGAAAAAUCAUAUGAAACAUGGCUUAAAGAACAGAAACCUGUUAAAGGAAGAGGGGGACGUGGGGGGCUAUCACCAGACAGGGCAUCUCCAGAUGUCCACAAGUUUGACUUGUUGAAAAUUCGUAAAGAAAUGGGUAUAUUCAAACCAGUAAAAGCAACAUGAAAAGAACUUUGUCUGGUGGUUAAUGGGUUCCUUGUAUCAGUAGAUGUCUUGUUUGACAUGGCUAUGGGCUGCUGAAGUACAGUAUUCUGCCAUCGAGUGCAAUGUGUGGUACCUUAUACUGUACAGUAGUAAAUAUGAUCACUAAAUCAAGAAAAUGUCUUUGUUGUAUUGAUCUACAAAACAUGGAAGUUAAUAAUUACAGUAUAUUGACAUGUCGGUUCUGUAUAAGCUAAAAAUUACGCGAGGAAGUAAUAAAUAAUCGAUAGAUUGGCACACCGCUAGUGUUUUGGUGCUAUUUGAUUUAAAAGAUGAAGGAUAGAGAGGUACAAUAGUUUGUAAUAAUCGUCAGAGGAAUCAUGUACUUGGAUUUGAACCCAUGAUCAUCAUCUGGAGCAAGCACCACUAACUUCAUGAAACUCCCUAUUCACUCCAAUCAUUUAAUAUUGCUUUUCUUCAAAUGAAAUAUGCCUUUACCAUGAAGACGUUAGUACAUUAAAACUUCUAUUAAGGGGACAACUUCAGGAUCACUGGAGAGGUUGGGCUUUUAUAGGAUGUACUUUUAAUAGGGGUGUCCCUUAAUAGGGUGCCCCUUUGAUAGGGGUGUCCCUUUAAUAGAGGUGUCCAGAUGAGGGGUUCGACUGUGUGAUAAUGUAUUGACAAAUCAAAUUUAUUGUUUGAGCUUUUUUAUUGUAAGAACAUUAAAAAUGUAUAUUAUUUUUCACUGA